AUGGAGAAAAAGAAGAGGAAUAAUACGUUAACUCAGCUUAUUUGGGGAGUUUUUAAGCGCGCAAAGUCAAAAAAAGAAACAACUGAGUAUGUGUCGGGGAAAACUGAUCACGUUUGCUCGUGUAAAUGCAGCACGGUUAAAUGUACCCGGCCAUUGAAAUCCGAACCGAUAACUAUCGAACGAAGUCAUAGAAGCAAGACCCACAAUCUUAUGGAUUCCUCGAAUAGUGAUCCCGAUGAUGACCCCCAGUGCAUCUCCUCGAGUGUGCUCUCCGACCCUAUCCCCUCUUCCUUCCGGCACUGCAACACCGACAAUCUGUUCUCCAGCUUCAAAGGAGUAGAAGGGACCCCGCUCAUGAAUCACAGCCCUCUCCCAGGCUCCUUUACGGUUUUCAACACCACCCUUAGGAGCGACCCGUCCGCGACGACACGGAUGCGACGGCUGUCCCUCCACGAGGACCGGGAGACGCUCGCCCUGGCACAGGAGGAGCUCUCUCCCCCAGCCGGCCUCAACGGGGCCGUGAGCUACUGGAAACUGCCGUGGUCGCAGUCGAUGGUGGUGAUGUGCCCGUAUUGCCACCGCCCGCGUACCCACUUCACAGGAGCCCCUCUGGACGACGCCGCAACCUCCACACGAGCGGUGAGGGCCGUCGAAGGGGGCGGCGCCGACCACCACGCCGAGGACGAGCACGAGGAAGACUGCUUUUGCGAGAUGCACUGUCGAUGCCCCGUCGGGGCCACGCUUGACCCCCCGGCGAGGCGAAACCAUCCCCAUCUGGCGGGUCCAACGGCGGAGGACCCCUCCAUGACAGUCUCCUCUACGCCCAUUUUCCUGGCGGUCACCAACCUCCCCUUGCGGACCAGGACAUCCGAGGCGGUCUCUGAGGAAUUCGAUCCCACGAAUGCGCAGGAGGCUCGCCUGAGCGUGUCUUUAGUGGCACCCCUCACCAACUCCCGGAUUCUCCAGACUCGAUCCUCACGAGACUCCGCGGACGAGCAGCCGAAGGCAAGCCCGCUUAUGAGUUGGCUGAGAGAGCAACGCAAUGUGAAGUCGGGAAAACAGAUCUAA